CGACUGUGGCGUUGCUCUGUGUCGUACCGAGCACUGGGUCGGUCAACCGUCGUGCUAACACCAGAUUUCACACUGAUCAAGAGUUACCAAAGCCGUGUGAAGCGCCCGAGCAGCUUCUUCCGAGUACAAGACAAAACUCGCGGGUUAGAACCGCUGCAUAUAUCGCUACUCGAGCAAACAUCGUUCACAGCCCAGACUUUGAGUCGGGUGGACCGUGCCCCGGACAACAAUGGUGAAGAAGUCGAGACGGACUCGCUUGUGCAGCGGCUCGAGGAGCGGCGCCGUCUUGAAGCACAAGAAGUCGGUACUGCUUCGUAG